AUGGAUAAUUCAGGAGAAAAAUUAGAUUUAGAAGAUUAGCAAAUUCCAAUAAGUUAAGAUUCUUAAGAUGAUGAUAACUUAAAUACUAAUAAAUCAAAGUUUGUAGACAAUAAUUAAGAUAUCAAUCAAGAAAAUAUGAUUAAAUCAUUACAAGAAGAUUACUAGAAUUAGAUAGAUUUGGUUAAAAAAGAAAAUGAAUCACUUGUUCAAUAGAUUUAACUUUUGAAAGACUAGUGUAAUUAAUAAUGUCAAAUGAUAGAGGCCAACAAUAUAGAAUAUCAAAAAAUAAUUUAAUCUAAUGAAAAAACUAAUAUGGAAUUAACAUAAAAAUAUGAUAAAGAGUGUUUAGAAUUUUAAUAAGAAAUUUAGAGAUUACAAAAUUAAGAAAAAGAUUUAUAGAUAGAAGUUCAAAAUUUAAAAGAUCAAAUUAAAUAAAUUACUCAAGAUCAUCUAAAAGCAUAAGAAUAAAUAUAAGAGUAAAAUGAAUUAAUAAAUUAAUUACAACAAUAGAAUCUUGUAAAUUAAAAUAUUUCUGAAGAUAAUUCUAAUAUGAAAAAAGAAAUUGAAAUUCUUAAUUAAAAGGUUUAAGAAUAAUUACAAUAAAUUGACAUGUUAAAUAUUAAUCUAAUUAAUGAAAAACAAUAAGAGAAGGAAUUAUUUUAAUUAGAAAAAUAACAAUUAUCAUCAUAAUAUGAAACUUAUCAAUCAGAAUUAUUAAAUGAAAUUGAAGCAUUAGCAUAAUUAUUAAAAAAAUCUGAAUUAGAAAAUUAAUAAAUAGAUGCCUCAUAAGAAUAAAAUAGAAAAGAAAUUGAAAUAUUAACUGAUAAAAACUUAGAAUUAGAAAAUUUAAACAAUGAGUUAACUAAGUAAUUAGAGUCAUUAAAUAUUAUGAUACAGGAUUUGAAUUAAUAAUUGUAAGAUUAAGAAAGACAAUAUUCAAUUAUAAAAGAAUAGUCACUCAAAGAAAUUGAAUAAAAAAAUAAAGACUUAGAUAUUCUAAAUUAGUAGAUUUAAAAUGAAUUACAAUAAAAAGAAUAACUUUUAUAAAAUAAUAUAAGUUUAUAGGAAAAAAAUUAAGAAUUAGAAAAUUUAAUAAUUCAGCUUAGGAAUUAAUCAAAGAUAUAAGAAGAAAAAACUCAAUUAGAGAUUGAAGUCAUGUAAUUAAGUUUAGAAGAGGCUUAAGAAAAAGAAAAAGAGAGUAUUGAACAAGAAAAUAAUAUAAAAAUUAAAUUUUAAGAAUUAAAUAUAAAAUAUGAAAAUUUAGAAAAAUAAUUCAACGAAAGUGAAAGUAAAUUAAACGAAGAGAUAUCAUAAUUAAAAAAAGAACUAGAAAUUAAAUAAAAUCUAUAUUAAGAAUUAUAAGAUAAAUUAACUAUAAUAAAUGAAAAUCAUAAAAAUGAAUUGGAAUAAUUAAAAAUUACUAUGGAUGAAUAAUAUAAAUUUAAUCAUGAAUAAGAAAGAUUGAAUAUAAUUGAACAAUUAUAAAUUGAUAAUUAAUAAUAAUCUGAAAUAUAAUAAUAGCAAUAAGGAUAGUAGAUUAUUGAAGUAGAAGAAUUAAAAGAAUAAAUUUAAAAAUUAGAAAUUUAAAAUUAAGAAUAAAAGAAACAAUUAUUAGAAUAGUUAGAAAAAAAAGAAAAAGAGUAUUAAUAAGAAGUUGAUUUAUUAACUAGAUAAAGAAUGGAAUAAGAUGAAAUAAUUCAAUCAUUAUAAAAAUCUCAGACACUUUUAAAAGAGAAGGAAUUAUAAAUAGAUUAAUUGAAUUUACAAUUAUGUGCUAAUUAAGAAGAUCAGUAUAAUAUGGAAUAAAAAUAUGAAAAUAGAUUAUUAUUAUAAAAAUAGAAGCAUGAAUCUUAGAUAGAUGAUUUACAUAGAUUGAUUUAAGAAUUGAAAUAGUAAUUAGAAACUGUAGAAAGUGAAGGAAAGAUGAUGUAAAAUAGUUUAAAUGAUAUGGAAGUGUUAGAUUUUAAAUGUAAGGAAUUGAAAACAGAAAAUGAUGAACUUAAAUAAAAGAUUUAAGAAAAAUAAGUUUAGAUUGAUGAACUUAAAUUGAAAGUUGAUGGAAAUAAUGAUUAGAAUGAAUAAGAAUAAAAUAAAGAUACUUAAAUAGAAGAAUUAAAUGCCUAUAUAUUAAAAUAAGAAGAAGAUUAUUCAGAAUAAUUUGAAAAAUUAGGAAAUUAGAUUGAAAAGUUGAAGAACCAAAUCAAAUAAUUGGAAAUCGAUAAUUAAGAAUAAUAAAAAGUCAUAAUAUAAUAACAAUCUUAAUUAUAAUCAAUAACUUAGUAAUAGCAAUCUUAAUUACAAUAAGCAUUAUCAUAAUAUUAAUAACAAUAAUAAUAAUAACAAUAAUAAUAAUAACAACAAUAAUAAUAAUAAUAAUAAUAAUAAUAAUAAUAAUAAUAAUAAUAAUAAUAAUAAUAAUAAUAAUAAUAAUAAUAAUAAUAAUAAUAAUAAUAAUAAUAAUAAGUUAAAUAAAAUAUAGAUUCAGUUAAUUUAAAUCCCUAUUUAUCAAAUCAUUAAUAAACAUAAAAUUAAGAAAAAACUGUAACAAUACCUGUAAAAGAGUUAUAAAAUUGGGAUAAGAAAUCUAAAGAUUAAUUAAAUUAGAUUAAAUUAUUACAAACAGAAGUUUCUUAAUUAAAAUAACUUUAAGAGGAAUAAGCAAAAGCAUUAAAUACUAAACAAUAAAAAACUAAUCUCUCAAUGGAAAGUCUAGUUUAGAAAUGUUAGGCUUUAUAAUAAAUAAUUGAUGAUAGCAGUGUUAUAAAUUCUAAAAUGAGUGCUGAAUUAGGAUUGUAUAAAUAAUAAAAUUCAUAACUUAAAGAAGAUUUAAAACUAUGUAAUUCAGAACUAAAAGACUUAAGAAUCAUUUCUUAAAAUAAAUUUAAAUUAGAAAGUGAACUUUAAUAAGCAUUAAGCACAUUAUCAGAAUAUUAAGAUUAAUAAAGUGUAAUAAUAUUUAUCAUUAAUUUUAUAGUUAAUAAAAUAGCUUGAAAAUGAGAAUUAAAGAAAAAUAGAAGAAUUGGAUAAUACUUCAAAGUAACUUAAAUAAAAUGAAAAAUAAAGAAUAAAAGUAAAUUAAUAUAUUAAAUUUUAGUUGCAAGAGAAAUAUGAUGAAUUGUGUGAUGAAUUAUCAAAGACCAAAAAAUAUUUAUAAAAUAUAUAAUCAGAAUUAGAUUAAAAAUCAAUUAAAUUAAAAGAUUUAGAGAAAAUCUUGUCUACAUAAUUUUAAGAGUUUUCUAUUUUAGAAUAAAAGUAUAAUGAUUAAAAUUUGGUUAAUGAUGAUUUAAGAAAUUAGUUGAGACUCUUAUAAAAGAAAUAUGCUUAAGAAACUGAAUAAUUAACACAAGAUUUAAUCUUAAAAUAAAAAUAAUUAAUAUAAUUAGAGGAAUAAAAUCAUAAUAUGUCUAAAGAUUUAUAAAUUAUGAGAGAAAUGUAAUUUAGAUAAAAGCCUUCCCUUGAUGCCCCAUUAACAAAAAAAGAAAAAAUAGUAGUUGAAUCAUUGGCUAAUAGAGUUCAAGAAUUAGAAAUUUAAAAUAAAACCAUAAGAGAUUAAUAUAAUGCCAAAAUUGCUAUUUUGACAAAUUAAUUAGAAGAAAAAAUAGCAUAUAUACAAUCAAUAGCAUAUAAUCUCAGCAAAGCAUAUCCCAGUUUAUCAGAGGCAGAUUUGUAAUAAUUUAAAUAUUAGCUUUUAGAAUUGAUAAAGAAGAUAUUAAAUUAAUUUAAUCAUUAAGAAAGAAAUAAAAUGUUCAAGAUAUUUUAGAAGUAUUAAGAUAUUAAUAUUUUAGAAAACAAUGAUUGAAAAUUUGCAAUUAAGAGAUUAAAUAAAAUUAUUAGGAGCUGAAUUGAAUAAAAGAAGAUGA